CAUGGACCAUUAACAAUCUCUUACUGAAAUCAAAAUGGCAGACACUUCUGCAGUUGUUGAAGACACUUCUACAAACGCCAACCAAGGCUCACUCGUGGCUCCUCCAAAGUUUGUUUUUGGGCAAAACAUGUCCGAAAGAAUCAAAACCGAGGACGAAACACAGGGAGACUUGGAGAGUGAUCCUGUUCCACAAUAUCAAGAGAAGAGUGUUACCGAAGUCGAGGAGGGAAAGAACUCGGACAGUGAAAAUUCCCCACUCCAUUCAGAAAAGAAUGUUACCGAGGUAGAAGAGGGAAACAGGAAUGCUGUAGUUAAAAAGCGUACCGCUGAAUCUGAUGACAAGAAGGAUGUAACAGAAGAUGAUGGACCUCUAUCUCCUGUCAAAAAAGUUGCUAGAGUCUUUCAUGGUUCAUCAGAGGAAGAAAAUGAACCAAAACAGUUUAAACUCAAACCCUCUAUUUUGACUGAGGUGGCAAAGAACUUAACAGGAGCAUCAAACAAGGGAGAGAACUCUAACACUACUUCAUCUUUACCCAAGACUUUUGGUUUAUCGACCAGUGAAUCCACCAGCACUGAAAACAGGAAAGGAGCCACAGCACCAGAACCUUUAUCUGGACAAAGUACCAAAAACUACUUCCAAAUGUUCCUGGACAAAAAUGACAAGGCUAAUGAUAGCCAGAAAUCAGGAAGUUUUGUUUUUGGUCGUAACAUGGUUGAACGUGUUGUGUUAACUGCAGGAGGUCAAGAUAAAGAUAGCAGCCCAGAAAAGGAAGAUGAAAGCUUAUCUACCACAGAGAAUAAAUCACUCACAGCAGAAGGAGAACCCAAAACCCUAGCAGAAGUAGCUAGAGCAUGUGCUGAUAAAGAAGGGCCAGACAGUCCACAUGAUUCCCCAGACAAGCAGCACAUGACCCUUGCGGAAGCCGCUAACGUGUAUCAAAAGAUGACGCCAUGUAAGUCACAGCUGGAGGAGGUAGAGGUGGUGACUGGUGAAGAGAAAGAAAGAAAUGUCAUGCAAAUUAAUUGCAAGCUCUUUUUAUUUGAUGGUGAAAACCAUUCAUGGAGAGAAAAGGGGCGUGGCUUUUUAAAGCUAAAUGACAUGCGCCAAUCAACAUCUGAGAGUACAUUUCAGUCUCGUCUUGUGAUGAGGACCCAAGGCCAUCUACGAGUAAUGCUCAAUAGCAAACUGUGGCCUGAGAUGACAUUAGACCGUGCUAAUGACAAAAGUCUACGCAUUACAGUCAUGGAGGCAGAGAAUGAUGUCAAAAUUUAUCUUAUAAUGGCUGGACCAAAAGACAUUCAGCAACUGUACACAGCCAUCGACCGACGAAUACAAGCGCUACGUCGAGAAAAGGAGAUGCAGAAAGAGAAUUCUAAAUCUACUGAAGACCACGUUAAUACCGACAACGACACAGAGAGUGAGAAGAAGGAAGAGACUGAGGCUGAUGGUUCGUCACGUGAUGAUAGAGUCGCACCCUCUCCUGAUGAAAGCAGCAACGAUUCCUGUUCCAAUUCUCGUGAACCAGCUAGGAGUAAAGACAAUUCUAGUGACGACGACGAGUGAUAUUUGUGUGUUAUAUCUCAACGGCAAGGGAUUGAAACGUUUAUGGCAUGAACGAUAGGAUAGCCUCACACAGAAACAGAAAUCUAUUAUCUCAGUGCUACACGAGAUAUAUAUAGUUUAUACAAGAGAAUAUGAACUAAGAGAAGGAACCUAUAUAGCCUUGUAACCAUCAUGUGCACAGUUUGAUGCUAUUUUUAGUUUGAAGAUAUUUUGAGCGAAGAACCUGAUUGGUUGAUUUCUUGAGGGUAGGCGUCUUCCAGUCUUGCAGUAAACAAAAGCCUGUGUUUUUGUCUUGGACGUAGCGAAAUAUGUUACUUUUCGUCUCCUAAAACGAUUCAUUAAAGGGGAGCAUGAUUAUCGAGCGGGUAUGGUAACGAGUUAAAAAUAGCAUCAAUGAUUCUAAAAAUAGCAUCAAAGUGUGCACAUGAUGGGGCACGGGGAUUCCUUCUCUUAGUUCAUUUUCUCUUGGUUUAUGUCUAUGUCAGGCUCAAGCUUACCCUGUUUGUCCAAUAGCAAACAUUUGAAUUUCUGUUUCUUAGUGAAAAAUAGUCCUUUCACGAUUCCCUGCGCCAUCUUGAAAGGUAGUCGUGCCUUUGCUUAUUGUCCAAGGUGUUAAAAAAGGUCUCUAUCGUUGCAAGCUCACCGUUCGUCUUGCUUCGAUGCGAAGGCACGGCUACUUUUCAAGAUGACAGGGAACUGCGAAGGAGAUUAUUGGUCAGAUCCGGGAAAAGUUUUACUUGCAAAUGUUUGCGAGUAGAUUUUUUCAACUGGCAAAGUCAAGAAAAUCACUCGGAUUUUGCUAGGUGGUAGUGCUUAAUUCAAGCCCUUUCUGUAUAUAAGGCAUUUCUUACACGGGACGUGUAUAAUAUACCUUUGAUAGCACGGUCCCGUACUGGACGUCUGUUCAUACUAAGCGUAUGGGUGGGUGUAUGUCACUUCACACCGCACCAAUACGCUUUAUGGCAGUCAUGUUUGACAAUAUUUGCUCUGCAUUAUUUUCAGCUUUUGUUACAUUUUCCAGGAAGAAAUUCCUGGGUGCUUACCAUUUACGCAGAAACAAGAAAUUUUGUUUUUAAAUUAUUAAAAUUUUGAAAAACUCGUCCUUAUUCAAUCUUCCCGGUAAGCGCGUGUACCCAUACCGGAAGUCGAACUUUUCCCGCUUUUUUUUUUUUAGUUGGGAGACGCGUGUACAAUUUCCGGAAGUUAAGAUAUCACUGACCGCUGUCACCGCCGUGCGUUUUAUUGUAGUUUUAACAUUUCAUUCAAUAUUUGAAGAAAUGUUCUGGAUAAAAUUUCGCCAAAUGUGAACUGAUAAAGAAAUGGUAAGCACCCUCGGUGUUCUUUUACACCCUUAAAAAUGAUUCCAAUCCACCUCAGUGAAUAUACUUGUGUUUAUGUGACGUCUGUAUGUAAGGGCUAAUGCAGUCCUAAGACUCGGCGUUUACGUCGCAAUCCCAUAGGAUUACGUAUCGGCUCUCAGUGCUACUCAGCCGCAUCCGAUAAAAAAGGUGUAUUCUGGUCUAGCUUUGAUACAAUUUCUUUUUUUUAUUUGAAGUCACGGUAUUGCGGCUGUAGUUGUAACGAAGCUUGAAGAUGUGAGGUUUAUCUUCUCAUGUUGAAAAAUAUUCUUCACCACUCGAAAAUAAACUUCAUAUCUUCGCGCCACCGUGCAAUAUCUAGUCUCCCUCGCAUCCGUUUUUAGAUAUCCUCUAUAUACAUCGCUUCAUUUGGGACACUCCCUAACCAAUUCCUGGAUCCACCGUUACAGAUUAGCUCUGACAACCACACUGACAGCUGAUGUCGGGACUAUCAAACUAGGACGUACAAUAAAACAACUUGAAUAAGAU